CUGAAUUCAGACCUUAAGCACAACUACUGAUCACCACUUGUUUAACAGUCGACGACUGAAGACCUGAAGUUUUCUGUGUCAAAAGACAACUUUCAACAUGGAUAUAUUCAUCACAAUGCUGAGUGAGACCUACACCCUGACGGUGCAGCCAGAGGACACAGUUGGCUACCUGAAAACAGUCAUCCAACAGAAACUCGGAGUUCCCCCUUAUAAGCAGAGGCUGGUGUUUGUCAACGGCCAGAGGACCGACCUCAGCGAGGACGCACAGACAGUCAGACACUACGGUCUGCGGUCUGGCUCCAGGGUGAUGCUGCUGGUGACCGAGCCGGCCACCAUCCAGGUGUUCCUGAGGAACGAUAAAGGGAAGAUGAGCACCUAUGAUAUCAAACCUGACUUGACCGUUGACGAAUUCAAGCGCAAGGUCGAGUGCAGAGAGUCGGUGCCGGUGAGCCAGCAGAGGCUCGUUUUCCAAGGCCGGGAGAUGUCCGGCGGUAAACUGUCCGACUACAAAGUCCAAGCUCUGAGCACCAUCGACCUGUGUCUCCGUCUGAGAGGAGGCUGAGGACACUUUGACACAGUUAAUACUUUAGACUGAGGA